AUGUCACCACCACCGCCGCUCCCGCCAUUCCUUUUUCGCGCUGCUUCUAAUCGGUCUCGUGGAGUCAAUACCGAGGACACUAUCGACCCAUUCAUCCACCACGGGAGGCAUCUUAAAUACCACGACCAUCCAGACUCUAUGACAAUCGAAGAUCGUGCGCAGAUGAUCUACUAUCACAUACGCUGGAAGUACCACGAGCCAUCAGAGUUCAGCUCAUGGUCCAUCUCUAUACUAUGGGUCUUGCUACACGCCGUUCGCAGACAAUACGGAACCUCAGAGCCAUUUCCCAAGCAGGAGACUGAGAUCCUCAUCUAUGUGAUGGAUACGAGUCUGCUGCCCCAGUCCAACAGCAUACACAACGCUACGAAAAUGAUCAAGGACAACAACGUCGAAUUCCACGACAUCCCACAGGCCUGGGCUGAUGCCGGAUACUCAGACCACGAAUACUUGAUCCACGGCAAGCUUCAGAACGUCGGGGGCUUGUGGCGAGCAGUGACCCUUGACGAGCUUCAUUGCGCAGGCUUGUGGAAGUUGUUCGGAACCUGGUGGGACAGCCGCCUGGAUCGUAGGCUAUUCCGGCGAUGCCUUGAGUUGAGAAGACGCUACUUUCCAGACGACAGCAGGGUAUACGACAGGGCUUCCCUAGCGCCGGUGAUUGACAUGGCCCGCUGCUUCGGUGGUGUUUGGGAAGCGACAAUGGUGAUCGUACUGUACGCUACACGGAAGCGCGACCUCCGCACCGCCAACAUCGCGGGCUUGCUCUCCGCUCUACGUGCGAGAGAUAUGGAGCCGUCUCAAGUACAGCAGCUUUCAGAACGUGAUCUCAUCCAGUUUCAAUUCCACAGGAUGUCCGGAAGUUGUCCGGAGGUGAUCCACUACGUCCACAUCAUGCGUCUUCUACGCGGCGAGGCCAAGCAGACCAUCAUUCAACCGACCGCCCUACCAGUCGAGGCCGUACCGCCGGCAUCGAUGCAGUCACCUGCCGACCCAGCGAACUCGAACCAUCCGAUGCAGACACCCGUGAGACAGCUUUUGACACCGCUUGCAACUCCAGAAGACGACUGCGAGACCGAAUCGAAGGCAGAGGGUGGCGUGAUGCAGUGGGAAACCACGACAGAGAACUGA